UCUAUACCUAGGGAUGACAACAUCCAGUGAGCACAAGGAGUAAAGCACAGGUGGUUUGAAGGCCCAAGGUACAGGAGAAGGAGGACAGGACAGUAAGAGUCUUGCUUGUCACAACCUCAGGCAGAUUGCAAGGAUUUCCUCCAGGCUGGUGAGUGGGUAGCAAAAGCCAUCCCCUCUUGCCCCAUCACACACAUGGCAUGGAUGUUUGCAGCUCCAGUCUCCCUUUAGCUGGAAAACGGUUAACACUGUGAUUCCUUCUGGUGUAAUAUUCAUAUGACUGACCGCAGAACUAUUAAUACCUGAACCCAGAGCUGGUUCAGCUAAACAACUCAUUCCCUCCCAGAAGAAAACCACAACUUCUCCUACCCCUGGAAAAACCUUUUGUCGCUGCAAGGCCAGCGGCUCAGAUGUAAGGAGAUGGGUCUGCUUUGCUGAUGCCCCUCAGGGGAGAACAUCGAGCAGCAUGAGAGAGCUCGGCUUGGUUCUCCUGUGCCUCCUCCGCAUCUCCAGGAAGGGUGUGCAGUGCAAUGGCUGGUCUGUCCACGUCCCAUCUGACGUUACUGGAGAGCUUGGGAAGAUGGUUAUCCUGCCCUGCACCUUCACACACCCCUACAAAACAUUUGACCGGGCCCUGACAGCCAUCUGGAGGAUCAAGGAGCCUUACAACGGCACAGUGAUCUUCAAGUGUGUGAGUCAGAGCAGCAGCGAGCUCUGCAGGACUGCCAUCAGCCACAAGAACAAGUACAAGCUGCUGGGCAACCCCCGGCACAAGGACCUGUCCAUCAGGGUGGACAACCUGACCUGGAGCGACAGCGAGAGGUACUUCUGCCGGGUGGAGCUGGCCGGAGACAUCCAGGACAAGUACGAGAGCAGGAAUGGGAUCAAGCUGCAUGUGAUUGCUGCUCCCAGGAUCAUCAACAUCACGGUCAGCUCCAGCAGGGACCACACCUUCCAGGCCCGCUGCACGGCCGAGGGGGAGCCAGCGCCCGCCCUGAGCUGGUCAGGACCCCCCUACAGCAACCUGAGCUCCACCAGCAGCUCCGGCCACCGCGUCACCAAGGAGCUGCGGUCCCUGAGCCACGAUGGGAAAUACACCUGCACCGCUGUCAACAGCCACGGCCGGGCAGAGGGGGCCGUCUACUUCUACAAAUUCAGAGCCUCCGACAGCUCCUCCUUCAUGGUCCUGAUCUUCGUCCCGCUGGGAAUCAAGGUGGUCAUUUUGCUGGUGAUCCUGAGCUUCACUGCUUUCUCCAGAGAAGGUUCCCCCUCUGCUCCACCCAGCCUGGCCAGGCCCCAGCAGCCGGAGUGCACCUACGAGAACUGUGACCGCAGGCACAGCCAGAGCCGGCCCUCGGGAGCAGCCCGGCGCAGCUGAGGGGCCGGCGGGAGCCGUCCCCGCGGAUCUCCUUCCCCAGGCAGCACAGAGCCGGCCUCGGCUGAGGCACGGGGGUCAGACCAGCCUCGGGGAGGUUGGAACUGCAUCAUCUCUCAGGUUCCUUCCACGAUGCUAUGAGCUCCAGCCCUGCUUCUGCGAGAGCAGCCUUUAUUGAGAAAAGAGAAGAGUGAUGGAGCUGGAAGGGCAAAACGUGGUCAGUUGUAACUUAUCUGUGUUUUUUGCCCCUAUCAAAUAUUUAAGCAAGCAGGCAAUAGUAUACAAUAGUAUAAAAUUGCCUCAAAGACUUUUGCUUUGGUGUUUUUCAAACACUGCUUUGAAAAGCAUUUUCACCACUCCGCUUCUCCAACCACAUCCAACUGGGCUAAUGACAUGAUAGAAACCCUAGCUGUGGCAAAACACUACUGGAAUUUCUGAUGGGGCUUGUUCCUUUUUUUAAAAAUUGUCAUUAUUCCUAAAUGCCCAGAAGAGUUUAUUUUAGAGUACAAAAGGAAACCUUAACUUUAAAGAGGAUUCCAAGCAAAAAGACGUUUUCCAAAAACUGGUAGAGCUGAAAGCAGGACAUGAGAAGUCUAAACUAGUCUGUGUUCUAACUCUGCUUUGGGUCCUAGUGCCCAGAAACUCAGAGCUUUGUGAUAAAUGUUCCAACACACAAAAUUGUUGGGUUGUUGGUGGGUUGUUGGUUUUAUUUUCUUUUUAAUAGUUAAAAAAUAUUUCUAAACCAUUUCCAUCUCUGUGUUACACAAAGGAGUUUCUUUAAGGUCUGACUACUCAUUUCUUAAAUCUCUCUCUCCUGGGAUGAAGUCACUACUGCAAAAUCACAAAGGCCACGAAGUCACUAAGGCCAAACACAGACAAAUCUCUUACCCAACUGUAAAUAUCCUCCAAGAUCAGGUGAACAGACCCAGCUUAUGGUAUAGGGCAAUGUGGGUUAACCUGGAGUCCUGGAGAGGCAGGCAGAGGCCCAGGAUAGGGCUGGAGACAGCAACAGGUUGGCUUAGAUGAGGAGGAGGAAAAAGAAUUUAGGAAAGAGCAGGUGGCUUGAACUUACUUUCACAUUUAUACUGCUGGAUUUGAUGCUCUGUGCAACCAUCCCAGUGCAGCAGCUCCAAAACUGUUCCCCAAACAAUCCUGCUCCUGGUAACAACCACGAAACUGCUACUGAAAUACUAUCAAGCUUGCAAGCUCAACCCCAGGCUGGGAAUCAUUAUUUUAAAGUUCAUCUCUUCAUAAGAUUUGCACUGGGAGAGCAAAGCAGAAUUUUAAAUUACUUGGCCAGAAUGAUAAGGGGGAAAGAAAAAAUAAAUGGAAGGAUAUACUUGAACCUGAUCUUUUAAAUCCCUGCUUAAAAUUCCAGCAGUGACAAAGCCAGAUUUAAUAAAAAAUAAGAAGAGAUGCAAAGGGAAAAGGGAAGUUACAGCAGACAGUAUAGUCACAGACCUGUAAGCUCAGUUUCACAGGUGUCACAGAGGAAAGAGACCUCAAGAACAUCAGUUGGACAAACUGAAUUGGAUUUCUGAGCCCUUAUGAUUUACAGACAUAUAGUAAUGAGAACUUCUACCUGUGCAUGAGAUUUAGGCUUGGCUUUCUGAAUUUUUCUCUAAAAAAUUACUUCUUUAACUCCAGUAGUUUGGGUCCAAAUAGAAGCAUCAGAACUUGUGUCCCAAAACCAACUGAUUCCCCCUGGUCCUCAUGGGAGAAUCAAACACCCACUCAAACCAGUAAAAACUGGAGGGACAAACCACAGCAGUGCAUCCACCAGGACGCUUCUGGUAUUGAACUCAUCUGGGAGAUGCAGGGAAUGCCAAAGCCCUUCCAGUAAAGCUGGAAGGCAUAAAAAGUCAAUCAGUUGGGCACCACUUGGAAAAUAAGUCCCCAGGCUCUGGAGUUCACAUGUGCACAGAGAACUGCAACACAGGUUCAG